AUGCAGAAGAAACAGCUGAUCAGCAAACACAUGGAAAAGGGCAAGGGAAGUAAUUACGAGGCACCCCUGUGCCUUACAGGGCCCACGCCAAAUGGACUUAACACGCUGCACGCUCAGAGCGCAUACGAAAGUAACGCCCAGAAGAAGGAAAGCACCAAUGGUCAUACGAACGUGAAAAAACUGAGCAACAUGAUCAACCCGGAGGACCUAUACAGCGAAAUCGUAUGUAAAGACAUCUAUAUUGGAACCCACAUAUGUGACUCCAACGGAGUGAUCUACGUGAACGAGAAGCAGUACGAACGAAUAAUUAAGCGAAGAUUGCAGAAAAUUAAACAAGACAUUGAAAGGAACCGAGAAGUACGAGCAUUUGUGGCCAUACAGAGCAAGUCAUGUCUACGCACGAAUCAAGUGCGGGGCAACCAUUUUAACACGUCUCUAUACAACUAUGACAUGAAUUCGAAUGAGUCCUUCUUGAAGGCCGAAGGGAUGGGACAGAACGGAGUGACAACAGGGUUGCUCAUUGGUAGAGGGAGCACUGCCCUCUAUCCAAACGUUAGCAUGAACAACAACUACCUUUCACUGUAUGAUAAUAUGAGGCCAAUUAUGGAUACCAAUUCUGGUAGUACUUAUGAGAAAAGGAAUAGUGUCUACCUGAACCAGUACGCGGCGCCAUACUCCUCCAUGGGGUGGGUGGGAAGUUUCAACCUGCCGGAAAGUCAGAACAAUCAGCACUACCAUCAACAGAACCACCAGAAUAAUCAUCAGUGGAACCAGCAAAACUAUCAGAACAACCUGAACCAUCAAAACUAUCAAAACUAUCAGAACAACCUGAACAACCUGAACAGUUCAGGCAAUUUUAACAACGUGAACAACAUGGUAAAUGUGAGCAGCGCGGCCCACAGGACCAACCUGAACGCGUUGAACCAUACAAGCCAAGGGGAGGAUCUGCAUAGGGUAGCGGAAAACUACGCCGACAUGAACGACGCAAAUAUGGUCCACAUGGGUAACUACUCAAACAUGGAAAAUUUGAAUAGCUUCACUGACUUGGCCAACUUGGCUAACAUGAGUGACUUGGUGAACAUACCUGGCCUGGUCAACAUGCCCGGCCUGGCCAACCACACCAACUUCACCAACCUCAACAGCCACACCGACUUCACCAACCUCAACGGCCACACCGACUUCACCAACCUCAACAACUUCGCCAACAUGGCUAGUUUAGACAACAUGCCUAGUUUCGAUAACAUGGCUAGUUUAGACAACGUGGCUAGUUUAGACAACAUGGCUAAUUUAAACAACAUGGCUAAAUUAGACGACAUGGCUAAUUUAAACAACAUGGCUAAUUUAGACGACAUGGCUAGUUUCGAGAACAUGGGUAGUUUCGACAACUUGGCUAAUUUAGACGACAUGGCUAGUUUCGACAACAUGGCCAAUUUGGACAGUAUGGAGAACGCGGAAAGUGUGUCAAACGGGGUGAUUGCGACGAAUGAGAGCAACCUGGGGGACAUGCACCUAGUGGAAGACGAGGCACUCAUGGAAGAAAUGCACAUGGGUAGAUUGGGCGAUGUGCACAACGUGAGCCACAUGGGUCAGAUCGGUCAGAUCGGUCAGGUAGGCCAAAUAGGUCAAAUGGGUCAAAUGGGCCAAAUGGGUCAGAUGAGCCAAACCAACCACAUGAACCACCUAAAUCACGUGAACUACCCCAACCAGGUGGACUAUAUGAACUACGCGAACCAUGUGAGCCACCCCAAUUACCCCAAUUAUGCGACCCACCUCGAUCAUCACACCAGUGCGGUUUACCUGAACCAUCAGAAUCAGGCCGCUCACCUGAACCACCAGAAUCAGGCCACUCACCUGAACCACCAGAACCAGGCGGUUCACCUAAACAAUCAAAACCAAGUGGCUCACCUAAACAAUCAAAACCAAAAUCAAGCAUCUCACUUAAACCACCAGAACCAAAUGGCUCACCUAAACCACCAGAACCAAGCAUCUCACUUAAACCACCAGAACCAAGUGGCUCACCUAAACCACCAGAACCAAGCGUCUCACUUAAAUCACCAGAACCAAGCGUCUCACUUAAAUCACCAGAACCAAGCAUCUCACUUAAAUCACCAGAACCAAGCAUCUCACUUAAAUCACCAGAACCAAGUGGCUCACCUAAACCAUCAAAACCAAGUGGCUCACCUCGACCAUCAAAACCAGGCAGUCCACAUGGGCCAGCUGAGCCAGGCGAACCAAAUGAACCACCUCAACCACAUGCGACAGAUGAGCCAAAUGAGCCACCUGCAUCACAUGAACCAUGUCAACCAAGUGAACAAAAUGAACCAAAUGAACGGCAUGAAUCACCUGAACAGUUCAGGCAAUUUGAACAACUUCUGUAACGGCAUUACGGGGAAUUACAGUUAUGGUCCUUACGAUGAAUAG